CUGCCCUGCACGGGGCUCCCCGCCCAGCUCUGCAGGGGCUCCCCUGGGGCCCGCCAGCGUCGCCAUGAGGUUCCUGCCCCGGGCUGUGCCCUUUGCCCCCUGGCGCCGCCGAGACUGGCCCAGGUGGGCCUCGGGCUCACGCACCAGCCGCCUGCUGCCGGAGGUUGAGGAGGCAACGCCAUCGUCAUCGUCAACAGCAUCAUCAAUGCCAUCGCCAGCGUCAACAUCGACACUGUCGCCAUCGACGCCACCGCCAUCAUCAACGCUGCCGAGGGAGCGUGAGGAUGGGCAGCGACGCAUGAACCCCCUGCACAUCCAGAUGCUGUCACGGGCCCUGCACGAGCAGCUGUUCCCGGGCGUGCGGGUGGAGUAUGCGGAGGCCGAUGUGCAGCGCAGCGAGCAGCACCUGCGGCAGCACGGCCUGUGGGGCCAGGCCACGUCCACGCUGCCCGAUGUGGUGCUGCGCCUGCCCCCGCUGCAGGGCGACAACUUGGACCAGCACUUCCGCCACCUGGCGCAGAAGCAGAGCCUGCCCUACCUGGAAGCUGCCGAGGAGCUGCUGCAGUGCGUGCUGCCCCCCCAGCCUGCCACCUGGGCCUGGCAGGCCGGCUGGACGCAGUACGGUCCCGACGGGCAGACGGAAACUGUGGACUAUCCCAGGGAGCGUGCCUUAGUGUUUGAUGUGGAGGUGUGCGUGGCCGACGGGUCCUGCCCCACCCUGGCUGUGGCUGUUUCUCCUACAGCCUGGUACUCCUGGUGCAGUAAGCGGCUGCUGGAGGAACGUUACACCUGGUCCAACCAACUGACACUGGCUGACCUCAUACCACUGGAGACGGCUGCAGACACUAACUGUGCUGCCAAACGGGACUGGCUGGAGAGACUGGUGGUGGGUCACAAUGUUGCUUUUGAUCGGGCGCACAUAAAAGAGCAGUACUUGAUCCAGGGCUCUCGAAUGCGGUUCCUGGACACCAUGAGCAUGCACAUGGCCAUCUCUGGACUGACAGGAUUCCAGCGCAGCCUCUGGAUGGCUGCGAAGUAUGGCAAGAGGAAAGGAUUGCAGCAGGUCAAGCAGCACAUGAAGAAAACCUAUAAGCAAGCCAAAGGGUCUGCAGAUAUCUCCUGGGACUGGAUAGACAUCAGCAGCAUUAACAACCUGGCAGAUGUGCAUGACCUGUAUGUUGGGGGCAAGCCACUGGAGAAGGAGGCCCGUGAGCUGUUUGUAAAAGGGACUAUGAGCGACAUCAGAAAUAACUUCCAGGAGCUGAUGACAUAUUGUGCCCUUGAUGUCCAAGCCACUCAUGAAGUGUUCCAGGAGCAGCUGCCCCUCUUCAUGGAGAGAUGCCCACAUCCUGUGACAUUUGCGGGGAUGCUGGAAAUGGGUGUUGCUUACUUGCCUGUCAAUCAAAACUGGGAGAGAUACCUGGAAGAGGCUCAGGGCACCUAUGAAGAGCUGCAGAAGGAGAUGAAGAAAUCGCUGAUGAAUUUGGCCAAUGACGCCUGUCAGCUGCUGUAUGAUGAGAGGUAUAAGGAUGACCCUUGGCUCUGGGAUUUGGAGUGGGAUGUCCAGGAAUUUAAGGAGAAGAAGCCGUUAAAGAAAAAUAAAGAUGCAAAACGCAAGGCAGCCGAAGUGGUGACAAACCCAUCUGCGCUUGAAUGGCAAGAAGACCCUGGUCCCCCCAGUGAAGAGGAGGAGCUAGGAGUCCCUGAGAGCCAGGUGUGCCUGGAGCGUCUGAAGGAGACUGUCACAUUGCUGCCCAAGAGAACCCAGCAUCUGCCAGGCCACCCCAGAUGGUACCGUAAGCUGUGCCCACGGCUGGAGAGUCCACACUGGGUGCCCGGUCCCAGUCUCAUCACUCUUCAAAUGAGAGUGACACCUAAGCUUAUGAGACUAGCGUGGGAUGGCUUCCCGUUGCAUUACUCGGAGAAGUAUGGCUGGGGCUACCUCGUGCCAGGCAGAAAGGACAAUUUCCCAGGGGAUACCCCAGAGACCGAAGCGCCACUAUGUCCCCACAGGGUCAUCGAGGACUUGUACAAGGAGCACUGUAAGGAGAGGGGAAAGGAGCAACCCCUCUUGUUGGCUCCUUCCCUUGAAGAGGAGUACAUGUUAACAGACAAAAGCACAGUGUGGCAGAAGGUGGAGGAGCUGAGCCGACUGGAGACUGAGGCAUCCACUGAUGUGGAAGCUGAAGCAGGCAACAGCCCCACAAAGGAGGUGCCUCAUGCCAGAGGUUCAUGUGACGACAUUGCUGAUUUGGAGCUGGAGCCUGUAGGCAGCCAGGUUUGCUACCACCAUGGCAAUGGCCCAUACGACGAUGUCAACAUCCCCGGCUGCUGGUUCUUCAAGCUGCCUCACAAGGAUGGGAAUACCAAUAAUGUGGGAAGCCCCUUUGCCCGGGAUUUCUUGCCCAAAAUGGAAGAUGGCACCCUGCAGGCUGGCAUUGGCGGCACCAAUGGGACGAGAGCCCUGGAAAUUAACAAGAUGAUCUCGUUUUGGAGGAAUGCCCACAAGCGCAUCAGCUCCCAGAUCGUAGUGUGGCUGAAGAAGGGGGAGCUGCCUCGGUCGGUAACCAGACAUCCAGAUUACAGUGAGGAGGGCGGUUACGGGGCCAUUGUGCCGCAGGUGAUAACAGCGGGGACCAUCACCCGCCGAGCAGUGGAGCCCACCUGGUUGACCGCUAGCAACGCCCAGGCUGACCGGGUGGGCAGUGAAUUGAAAGCCAUGGUCCAGACCCCCCCAGGCUACUACCUGGUUGGAGCAGACGUGGACUCCCAGGAGCUCUGGAUUGCUGCUGUCCUUGGAGAGGCUCAGUUUGCUGGCAUGCAUGGCUGCACUGCCUUUGGCUGGAUGACUCUGCAAGGGAAGAAGAGCAGUGGCACCGACUUGCACAGCAAGACUGCCUCAACGGUGGGGAUCAGCCGGGAGCAUGCCAAGAUCUUCAACUACGGGCGCAUCUACGGGGCUGGCCAGCCCUUUGCUGAGCGCCUGCUGAUGCAGUUCAAUCACCGCCUGACACAGAAGCAGGCAAAUGAAAAGGCGCAGCACAUGUAUGCAGUCACAAAGGGGGUCCGACGGUUUCACUUGUCUGAGGAAGGAGAGUGGCUGGUAAAGGCACUGGACCUGCAGGUGGAGAGAGAUGAGGAUGGUUCUGUGUCUGCAAAGGAUGUGGGGAGGAUCCAGAGAGAAGCUGUAAAGAGGUCGCAAAGGGGGAAGUGGAAUGUGGUGAGGCAGCGUAUAUGGGCGAAAGGGACCGAGUCCGAAAUGUUCAACAAGCUGGAAAGCAUCGCCAUGUCCCCAGAGCCACGGACCCCUGUGCUGGGUUGUCGCAUCAGCAGAGCCCUGGAGCCAGCAGCUGUCAAGGACGAGUUUAUGACCAGCAGAGUGAACUGGGUGGUGCAGAGCUCAGCUGUGGACUACCUCCACCUCCUGCUGGUCUCCAUGAAAUGGCUCUUUGAGGAGUUCAGCAUCAAUGGGCGCUUCUGCAUCAGCAUCCACGACGAGGUACGCUACUUGGUUCAGGGGGAAGAUCGCUACCGGGCUGCACUGGCCCUGCAGAUCACCAACCUUCUGACACGGUGCAUGUUUGCCUACAAACUAGGCUUGCAGGAUCUACCUCAGUCUGUUGCCUUCUUCAGCACCGUGGAUAUUGAUCAGUGCUUAAGGAAGGAGGUGACGAUGGACUGCAAAACCCCAUCGAAUCCAAGUGGGAUGGAGAAGAGAUACGGCAUCUCGCCAGGUGAAGCUCUCGAUAUAUAUCAGCUUCUUGAAAUAACCAGAGGCUCACUGGAGAAAAAUAAAUGAAACUGGGGACAGAUAGUGGAGGCUCCAGCCAGCUGUCAUAUUUGCAGGGAGUACUGAUGCUUGUGGUUUUCACAGGGCAGGUCUCCUGGCCCUGAGCCAGGCCACUUGACGCUUCUUUUCUGCUCUGAUGUGAAGGACCAAGGCUGGGGAGGGGGCCCUGUAACAGCAGCACAGGUUAAGGGCAG